UCGGCCCAGGAGACCUUCUACUCACUUUGGACUAGCCGGUCAGCAGAAAAGGUGGACGAGCAGCUGGUGACGAGCGCGCAGGGGACACCCGCAGCCAUUGCUGAACCCGCGAGCCGGUUUGGUCUCCAAGCCUCUUCCGCCUUGGGCGAUACCAUGGCCGCUGUCGCGCAGGGGAGGCGCGCAAGGAAGGCGCGUUCUCAGAAGGCACGGCCGGCCCUGCCUCCUUUCUCUCCCCCUCUUCCGCUUCCGUCGUGGACCGGGCCAAGGUGCGCGUUGAGUUGCCAUGGGAACGAGCUCCCCCUGCGGAGAAUUAAUGUGCCGAGAAACCGCGCCUCCUCUGCUAGGUAGCCGCGCCCGGUGGUAGGCAUGGCCCAGGAGCCGGAAAACCACGACCCCAUCGGAUCCAUCUUAAUCCAGGUCCAUGAAGACCUUUAUCAACUAAGGGAGAAAUUAACCAAUUUCCCUCCUGAGGAAAAACGUGAGACUCUAGACAUUCAGAAUCUUGAAACAGCAAUCAAAAGGACUGAAAUGGGGUUAAAAAUUCACAUUGAGAAGUAUUUAAAUGUUGUACACCAACACGUCUUAACAACCCCUAUUAAUGACAACUUAUCUUCUUCUCAUGCUUCCAAAUGGUUGUUUCCAGCUGUAAUUGAUCAGAAAUCAUUUAUUUUCCCUCUGGAGUCUGAGGUUAAACAUUGGCAACCCCAGAGACAGCAUGGUUCAUUUCCACAUGCCUUUCCAAGAGUAAAGCAAAAGAUAGGGUUGAAUGUAAAAAUCAUGCAGGAUCCUGAAAACAUCCACCACAGAGCUGCUGUAAAUGCGACCUAUGGAAUCAGUUUGCCAUAUAUCAAUCAGAGAAAAGCAUGUUAGAGCCUUAUUGGUUUGGAGAGGCAAGAAGAAAUCCCUGAUACUGUUCAUACUUACUCACUGACAUUUAGCUCCAGUUAGACUUUCUAAUGCAAUGCAUUAAAACAUCUACAGAAAAUUUGACUUUGAUUUAUUUUUUAAAAUAAGAAGGGUUUCUUAAAAGGCUUGAAACAUGUAUCUGUUACCAUGAAUUUUAAAAGAACGAUUAUGAAUGCAUAACAAAAUAGCCAAACAAAACAUUGCUUUGAAUUGCGGCACAAAUAACUCUGAUUAUAACUGUUAUGACCUAGAAAAGAAUCAUAAAAAUAUUUUUCUUUUUGGCAACAUAUGAGUUGCUGUAGAAUUAUACCAGUCCUUUGGUCCCACUUUCCAAAUAAAUAAAUAUAUAAUGCAAUGUAAA